UCUGGGGAUAACUGGUGGGCUUCCAACUCAGUGGAAACAACAUAACACCAUAAGAUAAUCUGCUGAGAGAAAAACAGACACCUCAAGUGCCACCAUGAGCACUGACGCAGAGAUGGAGGCCUAUGGGCCUGCGGCCAUCUACCUCCGCAAGCCAGAGAAGGAGAGGAUUGAGGCUCAGACGGCUCCCUUUGAUGCCAAAACAGCCUACUUUGUAGCAGAACCAGAGGAGAUGUACCUGAAGGGAAAACUUAUCAAAAAAGAGGGUGGCAAAGCUACUGUUGAGACAAUAACAGGAAAGACUUUAACUGUAAAAGAAGAUGACAUCCAUCCCAUGAACCCUCCCAAGUUUGAUAAAAUUGAGGACAUGGCCAUGAUGACCCACCUCAAUGAACCUGCUGUGCUGUACAACCUCAAAGAGCGUUUUGCAUCAUGGAUGAUCUAUACUUACUCUGGCCUGUUCUGCGUCGUCGUGAACCCCUACAAGUGGCUUCCAGUGUACGAUGCUCAGGUUGUUGGAGCGUACAGAGGGAAGAAGAGGAUUGAGGCUCCCCCUCAUAUCUUUUCCAUCUCUGAUAAUGCCUAUCAGUUCAUGCUCACUGAUCGUGAGAAUCAGUCUAUUCUUAUCACUGGAGAAUCCGGUGCAGGAAAGACUGUCAACACCAAGCGUGUCAUCCAGUACUUUGCAACAAUUGCAGUGGCUGGAGUAAAGAAAGCAGAUAACACUUCAGGAAAAAUGCAGGGUUCACUGGAAGAUCAAAUCAUUGCAGCCAACCCUCUGCUGGAGGCCUAUGGUAAUGCCAAGACUGUGAGGAAUGACAACUCCUCUCGUUUUGGUAAAUUUAUCAGAAUUCAUUUUGGCUCUACUGGCAAACUGGCUUCAGCUGAUAUUGAAACUUAUCUGCUGGAGAAGUCUCGUGUCACCUUCCAGUUGUCUGCUGAGAGGAGUUACCAUAUCUUCUACCAGCUGAUGACGGGCCACAAACCUGAGCUCCUGGAGGCUCUCCUUAUCACCACCAACCCCUAUGACUAUCCAAUGAUCAGCCAGGGGGAAAUCACUGUCAAGAGCAUCAAUGACGUGGAGGAGUUCAUUGCAACUGAUACUGCCAUUGACAUUUUGGGGUUCACUGCUGAGGAAAAAUUGGGCAUUUACAAGCUGACGGGUGCUGUGAUGCAUCAUGGUAACAUGAAGUUUAAGCAGAAGCAGCGAGAGGAGCAGGCUGAACCUGACGGCACUGAGGUGGCCGAUAAAAUCGCCUACCUGAUGGGCCUGAACUCAGCUGACAUGCUGAAAGCUCUGUGCUACCCAAGAGUUAAAGUCGGAAAUGAGAUGGUCACCAAAGGUCAGACCGUCCCACAGGUCAACAAUGCCGUCAUGGCUCUGUGCAAGUCUGUCUAUGAGAAAAUGUUCUUGUGGAUGGUCAUCCGCAUCAAUGAGAUGUUGGACACAAAGCAGCCAAGACAGUUCUUCAUUGGAGUGCUGGACAUUGCUGGAUUUGAAAUCUUUGAUUACAACAGUUUGGAGCAGCUCUGCAUCAACUUCACCAAUGAGAAACUGCAACAGUUUUUCAACCACCACAUGUUUGUCCUGGAGCAAGAGGAGUACAAGAAAGAAGGCAUUGAAUGGGAGUUCAUUGACUUUGGCAUGGACUUGGCUGCCUGCAUUGAGCUUAUUGAGAAGCCAAUGGGCAUCUUCUCCAUCCUUGAAGAGGAGUGCAUGUUCCCUAAGGCUACAGACACCUCAUUCAAGAACAAGCUGCAUGAUCAGCAUCUUGGCAAGACCAAGGCAUUUGAGAAGCCUAAACCUGGAAAGGGAAAAGCUGAAGCUCACUUCUCCCUGGUCCACUAUGCUGGAACAGUAGAUUACAACAUCACUGGCUGGCUGGACAAGAACAAGGACCCACUGAACGACUCAGUGGUGCAGCUCUACCAGAAGUCUUCAAACAAGCUUCUGGCCUUCCUGUAUGCAGCCCAUGCAGCAACUGAAGAAUCUGGUGGUGGCAAAAAGGGUGGUGGAAAAAAGAAGGGUGGUUCCUUCCAAACAGUGUCGGCACUUUUCAGGGAGAAUCUUGGCAAGCUGAUGACCAAUUUGAGAAGCACUCAUCCACAUUUUGUGCGUUGCCUGAUUCCAAAUGAAUCUAAGACUCCAGGUCUUAUGGAGAACUUCUUAGUCAUCCACCAGCUGAGGUGUAACGGUGUGUUGGAAGGAAUCAGAAUCUGCAGAAAGGGUUUCCCCAGCAGAAUCCUCUAUGGUGACUUCAAGCAAAGAUACAAAGUAUUGAAUGCCAGUGUCAUCCCUGAGGGACAGUUCAUUGACAACAAGAAAGCUUCAGAGAAGCUGCUUGGGUCUAUUGAUGUUGACCACACUCAGUACAAGUUUGGACACACUAAGGUGUUCUUCAAAGCUGGUCUGCUGGGUACACUUGAGGAGAUGAGAGAUGAGAAACUGGCUGAGCUGGUGACCAUGACUCAGGCUCUCUGCAGAGGGUUCCUUAUGCGGAAAGAGUUUGUUAAGAUGAUGGAGAGGAGAGAUGCAAUCUUCACCAUCCAAUACAACGUACGUUCCUUCAUGAAUGUGAAGAACUGGCCAUGGCUCAAGCUUUACUUUAAGAUCAAGCCUCUGCUGAAGAGCGCUGAGACUGAGAAGGAGCUGCAGGAGAUGAAAGGAAACUAUGAAAAGAUGACAACAGACCUGGCUGCUGCUUUGGCCAAGAAGAAGGAACUGGAGGAGAAAAUGGUUUCUCUGCUGCAGGAGAAGAACGACCUGCAGCUUCAAGUGGCUGCUGAAGCGGAGAAUCUCGGGGAUGCUGAGGAAAGGUGUGAGGGACUCAUUAAGAGCAAAAUCCAACUGGAGGCCAAACUCAAAGAGACGACCGAGAGACUGGAGGAUGAAGAGGAAAUCAAUGCUGAGCUGACUGCCAAGAAGAGGAAGCUGGAGGAUGAAUGCUCUGAACUGAAGAAGGACAUUGAUGACUUGGAGCUCACCCUGGCUAAAGUGGAGAAGGAGAAACAUGCCACUGAGAACAAGGUGAAAAACCUGACCGAGGAAAUGGCUUCUCAAGAUGAGUCCAUUGCCAAGCUGACCAAGGAGAAGAAAGCCCUCCAAGAGGCACAUCAACAAACACUGGAUGAUCUCCAGGCAGAGGAAGACAAAGUCAACACUCUGACCAAAGCCAAGACAAAGCUGGAACAGCAAGUGGAUGAUCUUGAAGGUUCAUUGGAGCAAGAGAAGAAGCUCCGCAUGGAUCUUGAGAGAGCCAAGAGGAAGCUGGAAGGAGAUCUGAAACUAGCCCAGGAAUCCAUAAUGGAUCUGGAAAAUGACAAGCAGCAGUCUGAUGAAAAGAUUAAGAAAAAGGACUUUGAAAUCAGCCACCUUCUUGGCAAGAUUGAGGAUGAACAGUCUCUUGGUGCACAGCUUCAAAAGAAGAUCAAGGAACUCCAGGCUCGUAUUGAGGAGCUGGAAGAGGAGAUUGAGGCUGAGAGAGCUGCUCGGGCCAAAGUAGAGAAGCAGAGAGCUGAUCUCUCCAGGGAGCUUGAGGAGAUCAGUGAGAGGCUUGAAGAAGCUGGAGGUGCAACAGCUGCUCAGAUUGAGAUGAACAAGAAGCGUGAAGCUGAGUUCCAGAAGCUGAGGAGGGAUCUUGAGGAGUCCACACUGCAGCAUGAAGCUACUGCAGCAGCUCUCCGCAAGAAGCAGGCCGACAGCGUUGCAGAGCUGGGAGAGCAGAUCGACAACCUGCAGCGCGUCAAGCAGAAGCUGGAGAAGGAGAAGAGCGAAUACAAGAUGGAGAUUGAUGAUCUCAGCAGCAACAUGGAGGCUGUUGCCAAGUCAAAGAGUAACCUCGAGAAAAUGUGCAGAACUCUUGAGGACCAGCUGAGUGAGCUCAAGGCCAAAAAUGAUGAGAAUGUUCGCCAACUGAAUGACAUCAAUGUACAAAAGGCAAGACUUCAAACAGAAAAUGGGGAAUUUUCUCGUCAGCUUGAGGAGAAAGAAGCUCUUGUUUCUCAGCUGACCAGAGGCAAACAGGCCUUCACUCAGCAGAUUGAAGAACUGAAGAGACACAUUGAAGAAGAAGUCAAGGCCAAGAACGCUCUGGCCCAUGCUGUCCAGUCUGCCCGCCAUGACUGCGAUCUGCUCAGAGAGCAGUUUGAGGAGGAGCAGGAGGCCAAAGCUGAGCUGCAGAGAGGAAUGUCCAAGGCCAACAGUGAGGUGGCUCAGUGGAGAACCAAAUAUGAGACUGAUGCUAUCCAGCGCACUGAGGAACUGGAGGAGGCCAAGAAAAAGCUUGCCCAGCGCCUGCAGGAUGCUGAGGAGUCCAUUGAGGCUGUGAACUCCAAGUGUGCCUCUUUGGAGAAGACCAAGCAGAGGCUGCAGGGUGAAGUGGAGGACCUCAUGAUUGAUGUGGAGAGAGCUAAUGCUCUUGCUGCAAACCUGGACAAGAAACAAAGAAACUUUGAUAAGGUCCUGGCAGAAUGGAAGCAGAAGUAUGAGGAGAGCCAGGCAGAGCUUGAAGGAGCUCAGAAAGAGGCCCGCUCUCUCAGCACAGAACUGUUCAAGAUGAAGAACUCCUACGAGGAGGCUCUGGAUCAGCUGGAGACCAUGAAGAGGGAGAACAAGAACCUGCAGCAGGAGAUCUCAGACCUGACUGAACAGAUUGGUGAGAAUGGAAAAAGCAUCCAUGAGCUGGAGAAAGCCAAGAAGACUGUUGAAAGUGAAAAGGUUGAACUGCAGACAGCUCUCGAGGAGGCUGAGGGCACUCUAGAACAUGAGGAAUCCAAGAUUCUCAGGGUUCAGCUUGAGCUCAACCAGGUCAAAGGUGAGAUUGACAGGAAGCUGGCAGAGAAGGACGAGGAGAUGGAACAGAUCAAGAGGAACAGCCAGAGGGUGAUUGAAUCCAUGCAGAGCACUCUUGAUUCUGAGGUCAGGAGCAGAAAUGAUGCCCUGAGAGUCAAGAAGAAGAUGGAGGGAGACCUGAAUGAGAUGGAGAUUCAGCUCAGCCACGCCAACAGGCAGGCUGCUGAGGCCCAGAAACAACUCAGGAAUGUUCAGGGACAACUCAAGGAUGCCCAACUGCACCUUGAUGAUGCUCUGAGAGCACAAGAUGACAUGAAGGAGCAGGUUGCCAUGGUGGAGCGCAGGAAUGGUCUGAUGUUAGCUGAGAUUGAGGAGCUGAGAGCCGCUCUGGAGCAGACAGAGAGAGGACGCAAAGUGGCUGAACAGGAGCUGGUUGAUGCCAGUGAACGCGUCGGACUGCUUCACUCCCAGAACACCAGUCUUCUGAACACCAAAAAGAAGCUGGAGGCUGACUUUGUGCAGGUUCAGGGUGAAGUGGAUGAUGCUGUGCAAGAAGCAAGAAAUGCAGAGGAGAAAGCCAAAAAGGCCAUUACUGAUGCUGCCAUGAUGGCUGAGGAGCUAAAGAAGGAGCAGGACACCAGCGCUCAUCUGGAGAGGAUGAAGAAGAACCUGGAGGUCACUGUGAAGGACCUGCAGCACCGUCUGGAUGAAGCUGAGAACCUGGCUAUGAAGGGUGGAAAGAAGCAGCUCCAGAAACUGGAGUCUAGGGUACGUGAGCUGGAGAGUGAAGUUGAAGCUGAGCAAAGACGUGGAGCUGAUGCAGUUAAAGGUGUUCGCAAAUAUGAGCGAAGAGUGAAGGAGCUCACAUACCAGACUGAGGAGGACAAGAAAAAUGUAAUCAGACUCCAGGACCUGGUGGAUAAGUUACAGCUCAAAGUUAAGGCCUACAAGAGACAGUCUGAAGAGGCCGAGGAACUGGCAAACACCCAUAUGACUAGACUUAGAAAAGUCCAGCAUGAACUGGAGGAAGCUCAAGAGCGCGCUGACAUUGCUGAGACCCAAGUCAACAAGCUGAGAGCCAAGAGUCGUGAUAUUGGAAAGGGAGGUGACUCAGCUGAAUAACAGUCAAGAUCCUACAGGGCAGAGAUGGAUUCAUAUAAUAUGAUCUGCCUCUGUUCAUCUCUAGUUUAUGAAUAAAUUAAAUAUACUUUAAACAAA